AUGGCAAAGAGGAGGAAGCCCGCUAAUGGCGUCCCCUCGCGUAGAUCUAGUCGACGCGGUAGGCAGGGAGAAGGAAGUAUCGCUACAGUCGGUCAGCCUUCUACUUCUAAUGGACCUACUCCUGAAACGGCCACUGAAGAUAAACCACCUUUAGAAAAUAUGAAUGAAAUCUCAACUGAGCAAGGGCCUCUUAUAAACACUCUAGAUUUAACCACAAAGCUAAGCCAAAGUAGUGCAAUGCAGCCUGUUGUAGCCUUACAUAAGAAAUUUGGCAAAUACAGGUGUCUAUUCAACGGUGAGGAUGGGUCUAUUAAAAGAUAUGAAAUAGGUAGUGAAAGUGAAACAAACAGUAAUGAAGAGAUAAGAGUCAUUGAUUUAUGUACUGGCUCGGAAUCAGAUUCUAAUGCUGCAUUGGAUAUUCAGUCUGAUACAGUAAGUGGAGCAUGCUCUAGUCCUUUAGACUCCCCCAUUGACCAUUCUCAGGAUAAUGUUGGUGAACCUAAACCUGAUGAAACCGAUAAAACAUCAGAAAAUGAGAAUACUGUUGAAAAAGUUCCUGAAAGCUCAAUUAAUCUUGAGGUAAGUAUAGAAACUCCAACAGAGAUAGAAAUUAAUGUUCCAGAAGAGGAACAGACUGAAGAAGUGCAAACAGAAGUAGUCAAUCAUAAUGAAAAUGAAGAAGUGGAUCAAAAUAAUCAAGAAGUAACACUGGAAGAACAAUUAGAGUAUGGGGAUGAUGAUGAAGUUAUUACUAUAGUGCAAAUUGUUGAAGAUGACAACGCUGAACUUUAUUAUAAUAUAAAUAUUGGAAGCCCGAAAGAGGAAGAACCAGCCGAGGAUGUGAAUACUGAGGAAAAUAAAGAUGCGGAAUUCCAAAAGGACUUUGCGAUGCUAAAUAUUGUUAAUGUAGACUCUAAUCCAAAUUCACCCAUGGAGUGUACAGAAAUCCAUGACUUAACAACACCUCCUUGCAGUACACCAGAUCCACAGUCAAUAACGGAAUCAUUGACAAGACCAGACCCAAGCCUUACACCAAGUUCCACUCUCUCUGACGAUAGCAACUGCUCUCGGGUCACCGAACCCACAACUAAUAACUCUAACGAUUCAUCAGAGUCUUCACCGACUGGAGUUAGAAGAUCGAGUCGUAUAAAAACUAUAACUACUAUGAAACAAAAGACAAAAGGAUAUGGUUUGGUCAAGACUCCAUUAAAGAAAGCUUUGAUAACACAAACCAAAUUGAAAUUGGAGGAAUUAGGGUCUGACAGUCAGGAGAAAAUGGAAUUACAGAAUCAUGCCAAUCCUUUGACAUUCCCCAUUCCAUCAGAGAUGCCGGUUAAAGUCAAAUCUCGAUGGCGUAGGUCUAGCGAGCUAGAAAUGGGUGCGAAUUCUCCGGCCAAUUCCCCACUUGCCAGCCCAAGUCUGCCUCAAAAGUUACCCCUUCUGGAGGAAGUUCCAAAAGUCGAGGAGGACAUUGUCGAAGAACCAUUGAGUAAAGAGGCUUAUGAUAAGAUAAUUGAAGAAAGAAUGAGUCAGUACCAGCAUUUGGAUGAAAAUGAAUAUCUGUGUGAGAGAAUGGUUAGUAGGGAAACAAAGAAAAUGAUCUGUGAUUGUUUUAUGACUAAAGAAGAGUUGGAAAGAGGGGAGCUAGCUUGUGGUGAAGAUUGUUUGAACAGACUGCUCAUGAUUGAAUGUAAUUCAAGAUGUCCAGUUGGAGAAAGAUGUACAAAUAGAAGGUUUCAGAAAAAGGAAAAUGGACCUUUGAAGGUAUUUUAUGCUGAUAAAAAAGGCUGUGGUGUCGAGGCUACUUCAGAUAUAACAAAUGGCGAAUUUUUAAUGGAAUAUGUAGGCGAAGUGCUCGAUUACGACCAGUUUUACAAGCGCGCUCAGGCUUACUCAGACGACAACAACUUACAUCACUAUUUCAUGUCGUUGAAAGGCGACACAGUCAUCGACGCGACGCUGAAAGGGAACAUAUCGAGGUUCAUAAACCACUCGUGUGAACCAAACGCUGAGACACAGAAGUGGACGGUCAACGGAGAACUGAGAAUAGGGUUCUUUAGUAAAAGGGAAAUCGCUGCCGGAGAGGAAAUCACUUUUGACUAUCAGUUCCAAAGAUUUGGAAAAGUAGCGCAAAGAUGUUACUGCGGUGCAGAAAACUGUCGUGGAUGGAUAGGUGCGGAACCGGACUCUGAUGACGAUUAUGAUGAAGAGGAGGAGGAAGACGUAACAACCUCAAAGUCGGGCACUUCAGAAUCCUCUGAAGAUAAGCAUGCUGUGAGCGCUGCAGACCAGGUCCGACCGAGGGUACGGAAACCCAAGAGAGACAGGAAGUAUAAACCUAAGUCUGGAGACUUAGUACAAGACGCUGAUAUCGAGGAGGAUCUAGAAGCGCUCGGUCGUACCGGUAUUAAGAAUCAGGCUCACACGCUGCGAUUGUCACGUACGGUGGUCCGCGCUAAAACAAGACGCGCACAGACCGCCCUGCUGAGACUAUUGAGAGACGCGCACCUCCCGUGCCGCAGACUGUUCCUUGACUACCGCGGGCUGAGGCUACUGGCGCCCUGGUGUAAUGACGCUCCUUUGAACUUCAAAUUGGAAAUGCUCCAAACUGUUGAUCGUCUACCGAUCACCAAUAAGACUAUGGUCCAAGAGAGUCGUUUCUUCACGAUCGUGGAGCGAUGGCUCAGCUCCUCGGACGCUCCUCCUGAACCCGUCUUCAUUGAUGAGGCCACUGGCUUGCCAGUAGAACUUCCGAGAGCAACUCCAGAAGAACCCGUCACACCAGAGAAGACAAAAGAAAAUGCAGCAAUGUCUGAAAAAGUUAAAGAUCUCUGUAAUCAAAUGCUUGAAAGGUGGUCCAGUUUAAAGGAAGUCUUUAAGAUACCAAAGAAAGAGCGGAUACAGCAAAUGAAAGAACAUGAGAGGCAAGCAAACGUCGAGAGGCGAGCGGCUGAUUCGAGCGGCACGAGAGAUAGAGAUAGAGAACGGGAUAGAAGGGACGAGAGGGAUAGAGACAGAGAUAGAAGAGAUGAGCGGGAUAGAGAGAGGGACAGGGACAGAGAUAGAGAGAGGGAGAGAGACAGGGACAGAGACAGGGAGAGGGAACGGGAGAGAGAACGAGAGAGAGACAGAUAUAGAGACAGAGACCGGGAUAGAGAUAGAGACGACCGGGAUAGGAGAAAACGGAGAAAUAGUCCGGAGGGAGGACGGCGCAGCAUAAAACUGAGCGAGCGAGUGUUAGCGGCGGUGCCUCCUAUAAGUAAAGAGGAGCGGCGACGCGCGUUCGCUGAGGCUGCGGCCGCCGCUGACGAGAGCAGGAGGCAGAGGGAGAGGGAACACGCGCAGGCCUGGCACUACACUCACUGGCCGCAGGAGGCGUUCGCACAGAUGUUUCCUCAAGGCAUGAUGGGUAAUGGACCGAAUAUGAUGGGUAGCGGACCGAACAUGAUGAACGGCGCUCCGAAUAUGUUAGGGGGAGGUCAGAAUAUGAUGGGUGGACCUAAUAUUAUGGGGCAGAUGGUACCUGGGAUGUUACCUGGAGUCAUGCCUUCAGAGGUCUCCAAUGAAUGGAUAGGUCCCAAUGGAGAAUUUCAAGGCCCUCCCGGGUUUUGUCAGCCGUUCCCUGGACCACAAUCGUUUUGUCUGCCUCAGUCUAAUAUGAUGGGUCUACCCGGUUUCGGUAUGGGUGGUUUUAUGUUCGGUCAACAACUGCCAGGCGCCUUCCCGCCGACGCAACCUGCUCUACAACAACCACAGCAACCACCGGCGCAACCUCAGACUGUCACAGAUAAUAUAACGGAGUCGGGUGGCGAGCCUGUCCUGCCGUCGAUGUGGCGAAGCGCCGUGGACGGUCGAGGUCGUCGCUAUUACUACCACGUGAAGCUGAGACAACCACAGUGGCUGCCACCGCCACCACCACAAGAGGAAAGUUCGUCUGAGGAGGAAGUGGAGCCCAUGACCGCCCUGGAGUCUGCUGUGAUCGGCAGACCGGUUAAAGGGAAACUUGUUGAGGGGGUCAACGGUAUAUAUGAAGUUAUCAAAGAGGAACCCCAGAACGGGCUCAUUCCAGACCACGCCUUACUCAACAUGAAGCCGCGCAAGAGAAGGCCCGGUUUGGUCACUGAGAGGCCUAUCAGUCCGAGAACCGAAGAAGAUAAGUUGGCCGGACGUAUGGAGGUGAAGAGAUACAAACAAACCAAAGAGAAGUUACGCAGAAGAAGAGAGAAGUUGUUGCAGAAGGUGAAGAUGUUGACUGACAGGAGAAGGAAAGAUAUGAAGUUCAUUGACCUGGAAGACAGUGAUACUGAGACGGAGGAGUCUUCGGAUGAGGAGAAGGAGUCUCCCGCGGGAGGGGCGGUAGGGGCGGAGGCGAGUACCGUCAGCAGCGUGGAGGAGAGUGCGAGGAAAAUCAAGGAACAGUUCAGAGCGAACAUGGCGCGGGUGAUGGUGCAGCAUCUAAACCCGUACAGACACGCGGACGCGCCCGCCGGCAGGAUCACUAGCACGGCUGACUUUAAACAUCUGGCUAGGAAGCUGACUCACUUUGUGAUGCUGAAGGAGUUGAAGCACUGUCGCUCAGUGGACGAGCUGAUCGUGACGGAUUCAGUCCGCACUAAAGCCAAGCUGUUCGUGAGGAAGUACAUGACCAAGUUCGGGCCGGUCUACAAGAGGCCGCCCGAGGAAGCCGACUAG